AUUUUACCCUUCCUCCCUCCCCCCCUUCUUCUUCUAAUUUUAUUUUACCUUGGAAAGAAAAAAGACGUUUAUGGACUCUUCAGAAGAAAGAAGGCCCUCUGUACAUAAAAGUCAGUCAAGUAGUAGUAGUCGACGACGACCCUCUACGAGCUCGUCGUCUCGUAAAAGCCAGUAUGGUUCUACAGAAGCAGCAGCAGCAGCAGCAGGCGGCAGUAUGGCGCGUCGCAGAAAGUCCACGCUGAAAAGACGACCCACAGUAAACCGCAAUCGCAGUAGUAGUCGUCGUCAUCGCCAUCAGCACAAUUCAGACGACAGCAGUGCAAGUGGCAGCAGCAGCAGUAGUAGUAGUGAAAAUGAUAAUAGCAGCAACGACGACGACGAAGAACAAGGUGACAACCACCAUCACCACCACCACCACAGAAAGGUAGACGCCAACGGCCAAGACGAGUUGGCCAGUCUUGGAUCGGGCACACAUCAUAUCAGCGGCAAAAGAUCACGUCGACCGUCCCAUCGCGACGGCGUAUCGUUUAGCGCUCUGGAUCAUGAGAUGACUUUGAAAGAUAAACAAGAGGCCAUGAAUCGCGAGCAUCCUUUUGGUAUGCCUAUCUGGAAGCCAGCCUUAUACCGCAAGUCGCGCUCUGUUGUGCGUAGAGCCAACCAUGCCUUGCACUUAUACCCUUCGUCAUCGAAACACUUGUUCCUGAACCCGGGCAAUCUUCUAUGGACACUGGUGUUUGGCUGGUGGCUAGCGCUCGUCAUGAUUGUGAUUGCUGUUGUGUUACGCCUUGUACCACCUCACGGGCGGAAGUAUUGGAUGGUGAUGAGUGGCCUGUCAUUUUACUUGCUGUGGCCCUUUGGCCGCUAUGUUGAACGCGUGGUGGUCGAGGACGUGCAUGAACAUGACGAGGAGGCCGAGACGCUUCUGCCAAAACAUACCAAGCGACAGCAGACAUGGAAGGAGUGGAUCGUGCAUGUUGCCACAAGUGGCCCAACCGGAUGGAUCUACUACUUUUUCUACUUGACUGUUGUUGGCCCGCUUUUGUUUAUUGCAUCGACCGUCUGCUGGAUGUGCGUGAUCACAAUCCCCAUGGCAAAACUCAACUACAAGCUUGUACGGCACCUGAUGCAGCACCCACUCACACUGCGCUUCCAUUCGAGUCCGACAGGCAUGCAUCCAAGCGGCAAGCCGACUGUCAUCUUACUCUGCACAUACCAAGCCAUCGGUUUCCAGUACUACAAGUACACCUAUGAGGGCGUCAACAUCAUCUUCAUCAACCUGAUCUCGCUCGUCCUGUUUGUCAUCUUCGACGAGUAUGUGAUCCGCCAUCAUUUCCCUGAUUCGUUUAUUGCCUCGCCCAUGGUCGUGUUCAUGCUGUCGCUCGGUUCGGUCAUUCCACUGUCCUAUUUCAUUGGCAUGGGUAUCAGCUCUGUGUCUGCACAGACCUCGAUGGCCGUCGGCUCGGUGAUCAAUGCAACGUUCGGUAGCAUUAUUGAAAUCAUCUUGUAUGCGAUCGCAUUGAUGGGCGGCAAGAGCGCGUUGGUGGAAGGCAGUUUGAUCGGCAGUAUCCUUGUAGGCGUGCUCUUGUUACCGGGUUGUUCUAUGGUCAGCGGCGGUAUCAAGAAGAAGGAGCAAAGGUUCAAUGCAAAGAGUGCUGGCGUCACUUCAACCAUGCUGAUCAUGGCCCUGAUCGGUGCCUUGUCACCCACGUUGUUCUAUCAGAUGUUUGGAUCGUUUGAACUAAAGUGUGCUGGGUGUCCUGAAGGCGACUCUGGAUUCGAAUGCUCCCAGUGCCACUAUGAUCAACUGGAGCCUGCCAACGACCCAGUGUAUCAAAACAGUGUCAAGCCAUUCAUGUGGAUUUGUGCCAUUGUUUUACCUUCGGCAUACAUUAUUGGCUUGGUGUUCAGUCUGCACACGCACAACGACGUGGUUUGGAAGAGCCCUACACAGGAUACAGCUGCAGCACAGCAACAACAACAACAGCAAUCUUACCUCGCAUAUUACCAAAGACUCAUCCAGUCCUAUCUCACAUCACAAUCAACUGCUCAGCAACAGCAAACAGCCUUUGGAUCCGACGAUGAGGAUGCGGGUUCUCAAUAUAAACGAAGAGCACAAAGCGAUCCAAGCAUGAUGUCUGUGCACAAUGCAGAUGGCGCUAUGACUUCUACGACAGCAACACAUGACAACAACGGCACUGGCAAUGGGAGUAGCAACGCAGCACAACUCCCACCCCCGUUCCCUGAAUUCGUGCAAGCAAACGACGACGAUGAUGAAGAAGUUGGCGGCCACGAUGCUCCAGAGUGGGGCACCGCCAAGAGUUUCACAGUUUUGUUUGCAUGCACGCUCUUGUAUUCCAUCAUUGCAGAGAUCUUGGUCGAUACUGUGGAUCUGAUCAUGGCUGACAUGGCGCUCGACGAAAAGUUCCUGGGGCUGACGCUCUUUGCCCUGGUGCCUAACAUUACCGAAUUCACCAAUGCCAUUGGAUUUUCGAUCCACGGCAAUAUUGUUCUGAGUAUGGAGAUUGGCUCAGCAUAUGCAUUACAAGUGUGUCUACUGCAGAUCCCGGCCAUGGUUGCGUUCUCACUCUGGUACAAUUGGGGCAAGGAAGAACUGGCACGCUACACGUUCAGUCUCAUCUUUCCCAACUGGGACGUGAUUGCCGUGAUCCUGUCUGUGUUCUUGCUCACAUACACAUACCAAGAAGGCAAAUCCAAUUACUUUAAGGGCGCGAUUUUGAUCCUCAGCUACCUUGUCUUGGUUGCUGGCUUCUUUUUCGUACCGACCGUCACCGAGCAACAGAAAAACAGUUUCACUGUGGGACUUGACCCUGCGCUUUUAGCCAAAAUUGUAAAGAACAGUAAAUAACAACAACGGGGUUGAGUGAGCGAAAAUAAACAGAGAGAACUGUCCCCUCUCCUUGUUUGCUUCAUGGCAUGUGAUGAUGUUAUACAUGGUAUACGAUACGAGUGCUAUGUAUCAUAUGCAAUAUAAUGAGCCCACACGCACACACACACACACAUGCGCGUAUAUUUUAGAUGUUUGGCUUGUGCAAGUUCCGAAAACGCACUAGCUUCGGCUCUCUCUCUUUUUUUUUUCCCGGAAGAAAACUAAUAAGAAACACCCUGAUGUGAGUGUGGAUUACAUACAUACAUUAUAUACAAGUCCUUUUUUAAGGUUCACCAGUUACUAACGAGCCAGAAAAUCUAUACAUUGUGAAUGAUCUGCAAGGUGCAUUUGUAUGUUGCAAAAGAACAAAACCGUCGAUCCA